GACGCCCCUCCCCUUUUCCUCUGGCCUCCCCUGACGGAAGCGGAAGCGGCACUCGCGCACACUAGUCGUCUGGCUCUCUGACUCCGGAAGCUGCGCUCCUUCACCCUCCUCGUUGGUGUCCUGUCACCAUGGCGCUGGCUGUCUUGCGGGUCCUGGAGCCCUUUCCGACCGAGACACCCCCGUUGGCAGUGCUGCUGCCACCCGGGGGCCCGUGGCCGGCGGCGGGGCUGGGCCUGGUGCUGGCCCUGAGGCCUGCAGGGGAGAGCCCGGCAGGGCCGGCGCUGCUGGUGGCAGCCCUGGAGGGACCGGACGCGGGCACCGAAGAGCAGGGUCCCGGGCCGCCGCAGCUACUGGUUAGCCGCGCGCUGCUGCGGCUCCUGGCACUGGGCUCCGGGGCCUGGGUGCGGGCGCGGGCGGUGCGGCGGCCCCCGGCGCUAGGUUGGGCACUGCUUGGCACCUCGCUGGGGCCUGGGCUCGGACCGCGAGUCGGGCCGCUGCUGGUGAGGCGCGGAGAGACCCUCCCAGUGCCCGGACCGCGGGUGCUGGAGACGCGGCCGGCGUUGCAAGGGCUGCUGGGCCCAGGGACUCGGCUGGCUGUGACUGAGCUCCGCGGGCGGGCCAGACUGUGCCCAGAGUCUGGGGACAGCAGUCGGCCCCCACCCCCGCCCGUGGUGUCCUCCUUUGCGGUUUCUGGCACAGUGCGGCGACUCCAGGGAGUUCUGGGAGGGACUGGAGAUUCACUAGGGGUGAGCCGGAGCUGUCUCCGUGGCCUUGGCCUCUUCCAGGGCGAAUGGGUGUGGGUGGCCCGGGCCAGAGUGUCAUCGAACACUUCACAGCCGCACUUGGCCAGGGUGCAGGUCCUAGAACCUCGCUGGGACCUCUCUGAUAGACUGGGACCCGGCUCUGGACAGCUGGGAGAGCCCCUCGCUGACGGACUGGCGCUUGUCCCUGCCACUUUGGCUUUUAAUCUUGGCUGUGACCCCCUGGAAAUGGGAGAGCUCAGAAUUCAGAGGUACUUGGAAGGCUCCAUCGCCCCUGAAGACAAAGGAAGCUGCUCAUUGCUGCCUGGGCCUCCAUUUGCCAGAGAGUUACACAUCGAAAUUGUGUCUUCUCCCCACUACAGCACUAAUGGAAAUUAUGACGGUGUUCUCUACCGGCACUUUCAGAUACCCAGGGUAGUCCAGGAAGGGGAUGUUCUAUGUGUGCCAACAAUUGGGCAAGUAGAGAUCCUGGAAGGAAGUCCAGAGAAACUGCCCAGGUGGCGGGAAAUGUUUUUUAAAGUGAAGAAAACAGUUGGGGAAGCUCCAGAUGGACCAGCCAGCGCCUACUUGGCCGACACCACCCAUACCUCCUUGUACAUGGUGGGUUCUACCCUGAGCCCUGUUCCAUGGCUCCCUUCAGAGGAAUCCACUCUCUGGAGCAGUUUGUCUCCUCCAGGCCUGGAGGCCUUGGUGUCUGAACUCUGUUCUGUCCUGAAGCCUCGCCUCCAGCCAGGGGGUGCCCUGCUGACAGGAACUAGCAGUGUCCUUCUACGGGGCCCCCCAGGCUGUGGGAAGACCACAGUAGUUGCUGCUGCCUGUAGUCACCUUGGGCUCCACUUACUGAAGGUGCCCUGCUCCAGCCUGUGCGCAGACAGUAGUGGGGCUGUGGAGACAAAACUGCAGGCCAUCUUCUCCCGGGCCCGCCGUUGCCGGCCUGCAGUCCUGUUGCUCACAGCUGUGGACCUUCUGGGCCGGGACCGUGAUGGGCUGGGUGAGGAUGCCCGUGUGGUGGCUGUGCUGCGUCACCUCCUCCUCAAUGAGGACCCCCUCAACAGCUGCCCUCCCCUCAUGGUUGUGGCCACCACAAGCCGGGCCCAGGACCUGCCUGCUGAUGUGCAGACAGCAUUUCCUCAUGAGCUCGAGGUGCCUGCUCUGUCAGAGGGGCAGCGGCUCAGCAUCCUGCGGGCUCUCACUGCCCACCUUCCCCUGGGCCAGGAGGUGAACUUGGCACAGCUAGCACGGCGGUGUGCAGGCUUUGUGGUAGGGGAUCUCUAUGCCCUUCUGACCCACAGCAGCCGGGCAGCCUGCACCAGGAUCAAGAACUCAGGUUUGGCAGGUGGCUUGACUGAGGAGGAUGAGGGGGAGCUGUGUGCUGCCGGCUUUCCUCUCCUGGCUGAGGACUUUGGGCAGGCACUGGAGCAACUGCAGACAGCUCACUCCCAGGCCGUUGGAGCCCCCAAGAUCCCCUCAGUGUCCUGGCAUGAUGUGGGUGGGCUGCAGGAGGUGAAGAAGGAGAUCCUGGAGACCAUUCAGCUCCCCCUGGAGCACCCUGAGCUACUGAGCCUGGGCCUGAGACGCUCAGGCCUUCUGCUCCAUGGGCCCCCUGGCACCGGCAAGACCCUUCUGGCCAAGGCAGUAGCCACUGAGUGCAGCCUUACCUUCCUCAGCGUGAAGGGUCCAGAGCUCAUUAACAUGUAUGUGGGCCAAAGUGAGGAGAAUGUGCGGGAAGUGUUUGCCAGGGCCAGGGCUGCAGCUCCAUGCAUUAUCUUCUUUGAUGAACUGGACUCUUUGGCCCCAAGCCGGGGGCGAAGUGGAGAUUCUGGAGGAGUGAUGGACAGGGUGGUGUCUCAGCUCCUUGCCGAGCUAGAUGGGCUGCACAGCACUCAGGAUGUGUUUGUGAUUGGAGCCACCAACAGACCAGAUCUCCUGGACCCUGCCCUUCUGCGGCCUGGCAGAUUUGACAAGCUGGUGUUUGUGGGGACAAACGAGGACCGGGCCUCCCAGCUACGCGUUCUAAGUGCCAUCACACGCAAAUUCAAGCUAGAGCCAUCUGUGAGCCUGGUAAACGUGCUAGAUUGCUGCCCUCCCCAGCUGACGGGCGCGGACCUCUACUCUCUCUGCUCUGAUGCCAUGACAGCUGCCCUCAAACGCAGGGUUCAUGACCUGGAGGAAGGGCUGGAGCCAGGGAGCUCAGCACUGAUGCUCACCAUGGAGGAUUUGCUGCAGGCUGCCGCCCGGCUGCAACCCUCAGUCAGUGAGCAGGAGCUGCUCCGGUACAAGCGCAUCCAGCGCAAGUUUGCUGCCUGCUAGGAGCCCCCCAGGGUCUGGGACCCCGCUCAGCAUGGCUGCAGGAAAACACAACACUCCACCCCCGCCCCCACUUAAAGGAGCCCCAGGCAGAAUGAACAGUGUUCCUGGUGACUGGGCUGGGGGAGCCUGGCUAGACCUGCAUACCCCACUUGUCGAAGGCGGGCUCGUGCCGCCGGUUCCAGCGCUCCUUAAGUGCAUACUUCAGCAUCUUGUCACUGGCAUCCACACUCGUCACACUGAAGCCCUCUUCCACCAGCAUAAUGGAGUCCACCCUGAGUACGGCCAGCGAGGAGAGGCAGAGAGAGGCAGUUAGGGGAGCCUGGGAGGGCCAGGAGGAGACCCUGCACCGGACACUUUUGUCUCUACUUCUCAGAGUCCGUUCCUCUGCCUCCUCUCCCCAGGCCCUCUCCACUGACCUCACAAAUCUGUUUCCUAUCACCACAAGGCAACUUUUUUUUAAAAGCACCUCUUCAGAGCCAGGCACUCUACAAAUAUGCAUUAAUUCUCAUGGCAAUCCUGAGAGGUAAAUAGUGUCAUUCCCAUUUGAGAGACAGACAAGCUGAGGCUCCUUGAAGUUAAAAUACGUGUGCACAAAAGGCAGUAGAACAUGGUGGUUUAGAGCACAGGACAAAGCCAGGCGCGGUGGCUCAUGCCUGUAAUCCCAGCACUUUGGGAGGCCGAGGUGGGCGGAUCAUAAGGUCAGGAGAUCGAGACCAUCCUGGCUAACACGGCGAAACCCCGUCUCUACUAAAAAUACAAAAUAUUAGCUGGGCAUGGUGGCGGGCGCCUGUAGUCCCAGCUACUCGGGAGGCUGAGGCAGGAGAAUGGCGCGAACUCAGGAGGCAGAGCUUGCAGUGAGCCAAGAUCGAGCCACUGCACUCCAGCCUGGGCGACAGAGCACGACUCCAUCUCAAAAAAAAAAAAAAAAAAAAAAAGAAAGAAAAAGAAAAAUAGAGCACAGGACAGAUCUUAACCAACCCGGGCCUGUUAGCUCCUUUUCACUGGAUGAUGUAUGAGGGACUUUUACUUUGCUGAGGCCUUACUUCCCCAGUAGUAAAUGAGAGAAUAUCACUGCUUAACUUCAUGGGGCUUUGUGAGGGUUUGAAAAAGUGAUGUAUCAAAAGCUCCUGGCACUGGGCUUGGCAGGUGCAAAUGUUGAGCAAUGUUAACUGUUAACACUGCCCAAGGCCAUCACAGGAGGAAUAUUUGCAAUCUGUCCGUGGCUCUGGCUCCAAAGCCUCAGGGACGCUCACUUUUUCUGCCCACACCCUCACUCACACUCAGUCUCCCUUCUCCGGGGCCUCUCCCUGCGAACCGCUACCCGGACCCCUGGCCUCACGGGGCACUCGCAGUGCCUGUUCUGCCGGGCAGGUACCUGCUCCUGGCCCUGGUGUCCCACCCGUUCCAGGAUUGGCAAAGGCCGCCCUGACGUGCCCGGCCCUGUGGUUCUGCGGCCGCGCGGUACAGGCUGAGCCAGACCCCGAUCUCAUGCAACGCCCCCGGCCCCGGCCUGGGCUCACCCGGUGCCACAGGCUACGUCGAGCACCCGCUGGCAGCCGUGCUGGCGCAGCAGCCCAAGCAGCCAUGCCUUGUACUCGGCGGUGCGGCUGCGGGUGUCCCCGAUGUACAGCUGCCACACGCGCGCCGCCUCCCCGUCCGCGUACUGGUCCGGGAGCCCUUCGGCCGCCACCCCCAGGGAGCGGGUCCGGUACACGCUGUCCACCAUCCUGCGCCGCGCCUGGCUCCGCAGCCACCCGCUCCGCACUUAAAGCAUAAGCACUGCUGGCAGCCGACAGCCCCACCUGGCCAAUAGCAGGUGAGCGCGCGGACACGCCCCUGCCGGGCUUUGGGCCGGGCGCCCGAGUCUGUCCAGCUGCAGGGAGGGCGCUGCCUCGCAAUCCUGGGCUAGGUCCUUUUAACCAGCCUGCGGACCCAGCCCUCUGUGCAAUCCCAUGGCGGGAGAGGACCCUCGGAGCCCUCUGCCCACUUAACCUGGGUCUCGAGGAGAAGGCGAGAGGGGCCAGGAGAGGCGGGAGCAAUGAGAUUGCCACUCCAUCCCCUGAGAUCCGCAGAGCUGAGCGCCAGGCGGGCAGGACUGGACCCUUCCCAGCGAAGGAAGGCAUCAGCAUAUCUAAACAAAGACUGUGCCGCCGAAGUGUGUAGGUAUAGUCAGCCGGUGCAGGGAAGACAGGGAGAGUCUCUGGAAGUAAAGCUGGUCUGUCCACCGAAGCCCAGGGGCGGAGCCCGGCUGGAAGACGGUAACACGGUAACACGGUGAAACCUGGCUAACACGUCUCUACUAAAAAUAAAGAAAAAUUAGCUGGGACAUGGUGACACGCGCCUGUAGUCCUAGCUACUCGGGAGGCUGAGCCAGGAGAAUCGCUUGAACCCGGGAAGGCGGAAGUUGCAGUGAGCCGAGUGCACCACUGCACUCCAGCCUGGGCAACAGAGCAAGACUCCGUCUCAAAAAACAAAAAGCAAAAAACAAACAACAAAAACCCUCUGCUUUCACAGGAGGCAGGAGAAUAGGGUCUAGAGACAGGGAACAUAAGGCCAAUUCACACUUCAGUUAUAACGGGAAAUAUCCUCUCCAUAGGGCGUAUGCCCGCCAUUAAUAACUUUGUAACUUUACUUCAUCCUCUUCAUUUACAUAGGGCGUACCCCAAGUAGAGGGUAUUUAAACUCACAAAAACUCUGUAACAGGGCCUUUGAGCCCCUAUGCUCAUGCUCGUUCCCGCACUGUGGAGUGUACUUUCAUUUUCAAUAAAAUCCUUCAUUCCUUU